CACCAAUCCCCGCAUCUAAAGUACCUGCAGAUCCGUGCUGCGUCUCGCGCUUAUCUGGCCGAAUUUUUGAUAUAGUUUUCCGUCCCGCCUCCUCUGACUCUUUCAAUUCAUUUCCAUUUAUUGAUUUAUCUUCUUCCCACGCUCCCCUCCCACCGAGCAUUGCCUGCCCUGAACUUUGCACUGGGAGUAGCGUCGCGGAAGAGAUACAAUGGCUGAUUUGGAGGGUACGGACGAGAGGUCCGCCAGCGUGGCGAAGGACUUGUUCUCGGGCGCAAUGGGAGGAAUUGCACAGGUUCUGCUUGGUCAACCAUUUGAUAUCGUCAAAGUCCGUCUUCAAACCACCACCCAGUACGCCAAUGCCCUGGACGCAGCCAAGACCAUCUAUGCCAAAGAGGGCCCGCUCGCCUUCUACAAGGGUACCCUCACGCCCUUAGUCGGUAUCGGCGCCUGUGUGUCUGUCCAAUUCGGUGCCUUUGGCUUCGCUCGUCGCCAAUUCGAGCAGUACAAUGCCUCCAGAUCGGCACUCGCAUCCCCCGACCUCUCGUACGCGCAGUACUACGGCGCCGGAGCCUUCGCCGGUCUCGCCAACUCCGUCAUCUCGGGCCCAAUCGAGCAUGUCCGUAUUAGGCUGCAGACCCAGCCCCACGGGAAGGACAGGCUGUACUCCGGCCCGCUGGACUGUGUGAGGAAGCUAGUUGCGCAUGAGGGCAUGAAGGGCAUUUAUCGUGGUGAGGCUGUGACGCUGAUGCGUGAGGCGCAGGCUUAUGGGUGUUGGUUCAUGUCGUUUGAGUAUAUGAUGAACAAGGAUGCGGCGAGGAACAAUGUGGAGCGUAAGGAUAUUCCGACGUGGAAGAUUGCGAUGUAUGGUGGUUUGGCGGGUGAGGUGCUCUGGUUGGCGAGCUACCCGUUCGAUGUUGUGAAGAGCAAGAUGCAGAGUGAUGGGUUUGGAAAGGAGCAGAAGUAUAAGACCAUGACAGACUGCUUCAGGCAAACUUGGAGGGCUGGUGGAAUGGGUGGCUUCUGGAAAGGAAUUUUCCCUACUAUGAUUAGGGCUAUGCCGGUCAGCUCCGGUACGUUUGUGGUGGUGGAGAUGACAAUGAGGGCGCUCAGCUAGAGUUUGGACAAUCAAAUAGAAUCUAUUGUAUGUAUCUGCCUACUCUAUGGAAAUUUGACUACGUUAAACUUUCAACCCG